CCACUUGUUUGUCAAAAUCGUCUGCAAUUUGUUUAGGAAGAAAAAUCGGGUUCACAAAUUGAUUCAAAUCCUGUUUUUAAUAAUGCUAUUUAGAUCCCACUCAAUUUCGUUUCUACGAAUCGAUGAGGGUGAUAAAGCUGAUCAAAACAAACAAACCAAUGCUCUCCGUAACACCCACUUGGGUGAAUGCUCCCUUGAAUUGAUUGACAUAAACAAGAACCAAAUUAAAGAGCAGACUGAAUAUUAUAAAUUAUUAUUUUGAAAUUGAUGUUAUGGCAGUAAAUGUUUGUGUAGCGAAAUAGAACAACGUUAUUUGGACAAUGGAUCCUCAUGAAAAUGAUCUCCAACAUCAGAGAGAGUUUCGCAGAAGAAGAAACCAAUAUGCAAGUGGAAGUAUCUGCAAUAUCUUCGUACAUAGAGAAGAUCGGUGUUCAGCGCUGACCCUUCGUCAGAUUACAGGUUCUCAGCUGUUAGGUCUAAUUGUUUACAAAUCACUCGUCCGUCGGUUAUAUAACGCAACCCGUUAGUGGUGCAAUAAUUACAGUGAUUAGACCAUUGAUAAGUUUAUUGAACAUAAAUUGGAGGUCUGAGAGCUGUGCGUUGUUCGCUGAGUCAUGGAUAAAAACGACAGCUCGAAACAAAGUAAGAGCAAAAGACCGUUUUUGGGAUUACUCUCGAAGCGAUCUUCUCGGGUGGAACCUCAGAGAUGCACCGAAAGCUUAGACGAUGCUGGUGUCCAAGACUCAGCGGAUAACUCUGCUUCGAGUCAAACUGACACCAGUCAACAAACUCAGCUGCGAAAAUCAGAAACGUCAGAGAAUGACAAUACUAAGGUAUCGAUUACAACCCAGCGACAAAACUCUUCCAACCAGAGUGAUACCAAUUCGUAUCAUUUAUUGUCAACGUCUUCUACGGCUACGACUUCAUCGGCGGAUCAUUGCACUCAAACGUCAUCGUCGUCGCAUAAAUCAAACAGUAACUUCGUCACAAGGGAUGUUCCCGGUGCGGGUAGAGGUCGUACCGUGACAAAUAGGCUAAGUCAACAGUUUAAUCUUUGCUGUUCGGUGGACGAGAGUUUGCUCAAAUCGCCAAAGAAAAAUCGUCACUCCGAUCCCCAUGGCGGGGGACAUUCGCUUGAUCAAAACAAUCUGCAACAACAGCAGCAGCAACAACAACGUCGCCAACAGUUAAAACUAGAGCUAAGUCCAAAUGCGCCGUUGAUCGGUAUUCCAGUAGAUAAAUCUAGUCCAAUAGCAAAUAGUAGUCAGCCGAAUAUAGUAGAUAAUGCGCCAAUUAUGGAGGGGAAUAGUAGCGGUUCACAAAGCAAUAGAUAUACAGAAGUAAUCGGGAAUAAAGUGGUCUCUAAGCCGGUAGUAUUUCGAGAGUAUCAUACCCAGAGAGCAAUCGUAAGUAGCAAAUCUAGAUUCAAGGAUCGGUUUCUUCCUCCGUUGCCAAAAUUGGACGGUUAUGAGAAAAUGGAACAGCACUACAGCUCUCCAAACAUAACGGAGAAGGAAGAUCCUGAGGGUUCUGAUAAGAGAGACAGUCGAAAGUCCAUGUCAUUCGACACUGUCAUUGCCGGGAAUGACAGUGAUACUUGUACUGGUAAUCCGGCAAGCGCUGAUUCACUAGCUAGACAAGCUUUGAUGGCGGCUCACGUUUUGAAUCUCAUACCAGCCGAGAAAGCUCGCCAGAGAAAUUUCCUACAUGGACGAUUAGGUACAACAUCACUGUUGGGUGCUUCGGAAUUAGAUAAAAUACUACCAACUAGGGAAAUUACGAUAUUCGUCGGUACCUGGAAUAUGAAUGGACAAAAUCCGCCAAAGCAGAUGAACGAUUUUGUUUUUCCAACAGCGCUAGAGCAUGUUCCGGACAUCAUUGUAUUUGGCACACAAGAAUCGUACUCAGAGCGUUUCGAAUGGGAGGUUACCCUGCAGGAAACACUUGGUCCGACGCACAUUCUUCUCCACUCUACCAGCCUUGGAACACUCCAUUUGGCGGCCUUCAUUCGUCGAGAUCUGAUAUGGUUUUGUUCGGAACCUGAGGAUGCGAGCUUAUCGGUACGUCCCGGAACCGCAUAUCGGACGAAAGGAGCCGUUGCCAUAUCGUUCUGUCUGUUCGGUACAUCAUUCCUUUUUGUGACAUCCCAUUUAACGGCGCAUCAGCAGAAGGUGAAGGAACGUGUGUCGGAUGUGAAGAAAAUUAUACACUCACUCGAUCUUCCGAGGAAUUUCACCAUUAAACAUCGCAACAAAGAUAUUACACAAAAUUUCGAUAGUGUGUUUUGGUGUGGAGAUUUGAACUUUCGUCUAAGCGAACCUCGCGAUAAGCUGAUGCAAUGGAUCGAAACUACUCAAUUUCCGCUGCCGGCUCAUCUCCCGCAUGGGUUUAUGCACACUGAUCAGCUGACGUCUGUUCUGGCCGACGGAGCCGCCUUUAAGGGAUUUAGAGAGGCCAAAAUCACUUUUCCUCCUACGUAUAAGUAUGAUCCUGGCACUCAGCGUUUCGAUACGUCCAGUAAACAACGGGCACCAGCGUAUACCGAUCGUAUCCUCUACAAAUUCAAACCAUUGCCAAUAACUACGGCCCACCGUCGGACAAGUUCCGCUUCCGGUGGGAAAAUCACUCAUCCUCCCUCUCCAGUGAAGUGCUUAGCGUACGACUCAGUGCAGAAUAUAACCACUUCGGAUCAUAAACCUGUGUGGGCACUUUUUCGCAGCAUCAUCCGACCGGGAAUGGACACCAUUCCCUUAGCUGCUGGACUUUUCAAUCGGGAAGUGUAUCUGGAAGGUAUGAAGCGACGCCUGGAUAGCUCGGGAUCUAGUUCUUCUGCUGUUUGUAGUAUACAAUAAUGAUACGAAAAAAUCGUAAUGUGAUAAGUAAUCAGCACAUAGGUAAUAUUUUCUAGUCCACUAUACUGUGAUGAGUUACUAUGAAAUUAACGGAAUCUUCAUGCAAUCACUGUACAAUUGCGCAUUUGAAAGUACUUCUUAUGUUGGGAGCGUAAAAUCCCACGGAAUCUCUGAAAUCAUAGGUUCGAGAGAAAUGCUGAUGGAAUGCGUUACUAAAAAGUGACUAUAGCGUUAAGAGUGAACAAAAUGAAAUGAUACAAAAAAGACAGCCUUGAGCAGCAAGAAUUGUUUCUAGUCGAUAUAAAAGUCAAUUUUCUACCAUAGUAUUUGUAAUCUAAUGUAUAUUUCCACAGUACUGAAUUCUAGCUAGUCGUGUCAUUAAUAAUAAUCAUGACAUAUCGUUUCAAUACAUAUAUCUAAUUCUCAAUCGUGAGUCGAGUAUAAUGUAUGGCUGUUUAGGGUCCCUUCGAUUCACAAGCGAUACUAUCGAUUUAGGUGCGUAAUAUUUCCGAAAAGAAAUCAUUCUCGUGAUAAUCUUUGAUUUAUCCAACAUUUGAGAUAAAAUCACGUAAUGUAGUCCAAUAAAUGUUCUGAUUAAUAAAACACUUUUUAUCCUUUUACCUCUUUUGGUAAGUAAAAAUCCCGUUAUUACUUAUUUGACCAGUAUGUGAGAUGUAAAUUCAAAACGGCACCUGAGCAGUCGCAAUGUAUUCAAUAAAAC